UGGAAAUACACUUGGUGUUUUAUAAUAUCAGCUACUCAAAUACUUCCGAAGCCUUUAACGCCAAAGAUGUUGGAUCGUUAUGAAAAUGCCACGUUGGACAAUUUGACGUCAAAUUUAAAAAAAAUUAUUAAACCAGGAGAAAUAAUUGAAAUUGAUUCGUUUGCAUUAUCAAGUUUGUUUGAAAAUGAUUUACAAAAUUAUCAUAUGUAUUGGAGUGCAUGUGAAGAAAUUCGUGAAAAUACAGUAUUAUGGAUGAUUUCUUCAAAAGAAAUUUCAAUUAAUGAAGCACAGUUAUCUCGUAUGCGAUCUCUAAAAGGAUUUGAUAAAAAGCGUAUACUGUCAAAUUGUCGAUUGGCAAAAUUAUCCGGGGGAAAUAAAGUGUUACGCGUGACCCAACAUUCAGUGGAUCAAAAAAAAAUUCAGUUGGUGGAAGAAAAGAACAAUAUUGCAUUAACAACACCAGAAAAAAUGGAUAUGCCAGUUAUUGUGGUUAAAACAAGUACAUCUGCGGAAGCAAUGCCAAAAAAACUGAAACAGUUACCUAAUAAAAGCAACAUUGAUAGUGAUACGGUCAAAAAAGAUGUAAUUAUUUCGGUAGUUACUACCACUCCAAUAGUGACUCCGAUAAUGACAAAUGCAAUUCAAUCUAAAAAAGAUACAAAAUCUACAAAAUCACUUGAUUUAGAGGAUCAAAGUAAAGAUGUUGAGCACAUUUUGAACUUUACGAAACCUUUCUAUUCAAAUAACAAAGAGAAAAAUAUACUAAAUGAUCCGGAACUAACAAAGAAUAUAGUUAUGAGCUCUAUUGACAAUCUUAUACUCGAUUUAAAAAAUGAUGAUAAAAUAGAGUUGAAAACUUCUCAACGGCCAGAGGUACAGAAACCCCUUAGGGAAGGCGUUCGAAUGAACACUACGGCUUUAAAAAGAGAAAUGCAUAUUAAAAACAAAGAUUUAAUAUCUAUAAAAUCACAUGAUCUUGAGAAUCAACGUGAAGAAAUGGAUUUGGUGUCCGACAAUUUCGAAUCAGUUUUGAACCUAAUGCAACCUUUAGAUGUAAAUAACAAAGAAAAAAACAUAUUAAAUGAUGUAAAACCGACAAAGGAUAUAGUUAUAAGCUCCUUAGACAAUAUUAUCCUCGAUUUGGUAAACGAAGAUAAAGUGGAGAUUAAAGCAUCUCAACGGCCAUCUGUAAAGAAAACCCACAGAGAAGGAGUUCGAAUGAAUGCUACAGCUUUAAGAAGAGAAAUGCAUAUUAAAAACAGACAAAAAAAAAAUAUUGAGAAUAUGAAUAAAAGAGAGCAUAAAUUUUAA